GAGCAGGUCUGAGCUUGCUCUCUAUUUAUACCUAAUCUUUACAGCAACAAAGGGAAAGGAGGAAACCUGAAUCCAAGGCUCUACGCAGAGGAGGUGUGAAAGGUGACCCCCAGGCAGAUGAGCCAUGCCAGGCAACAAAGUCUCAAAGCAAAAGCCCUGCCAUCACUGCAAGAGCAGGCCAGCCUCAGCCCCACCAGACACCUCCACGAUCCACUAUGAGAAGUUCUGGCUGUACCGUCACUGCUCUUCAGUGCAGCAGAGGGACAGGCAAGCUCAGAAAGCUGGGCAGCUCUUCUCAGGGCUGCUGGCCAUGAAUGUGGUGUUUCUGGGCAGCGCCUUCAUCAGCAGUAUGAUUUUCAACCAUGUGGCCAUCACACUGGCAGACGUCUGGAUCCUGCUUUCCAUCCUCAAAGUCUUGUGCCUGUGCUGGAUCAUCUACUACCUGCUGGGCACCAGUCGGCAGCCGCACGCAGUGCUGUACCGGGAUUCCCACGCUGGGCCAAUCUGGAUUCGGGGGUCAGUGCUGCUGUUCGCCAGUUUCAGCAUCCUCCUGAACGUGUUUCAGAUCGGCUACAGCGCAAUUCUCAUCCAGUGCAAAUCCAGGGUGGAAAUUGUGUUCCCCAGCAUUGAAAUCUUUUUUAUUUUGACCCAGGCUUUUUUUCUGUGGCAUCACUCUAAGGAUUGCAUUCAAGUCCAGCACAACUUCACCAGGUGUGGGCUGAUGUUGACCAUAGCCACUAACCUCCUCCUCUGGCUCUUGGCCGUGACCAACGACACCAUUCACGUGGAGAUCGAGUCUCAGCUGCGUGAGGUGGAGCAGCGAUUUGAAGGCAAUGAGACUGCCUCGUGCACGUGCCCAAACACAACCAUCUGCAAAGUCUUCCAGAAGGGCUACAUCCUGCUCUACCCCUUCAACACCGAGUACUGCCUCGUCUGCUGCUCCGUGCUGUACGUCAUGUGGAAGAACGUGGGGAGACGCAUCAGUGACCACCAUGUCCCUCACAUCAAGCCCAGGUUCAGGCUCCAGGGGGUGGUCUUUGGGCCACUGCUGGGCACCAUUGCUGUAAUCAUCGGGAUCUGUGUCUUUAUGAUGUACCAGAUCCAGGCCACCAGCUCAGUCCCCAGCCGCCAGGCCUUCGUGAUCUAUUAUUCCUACUACAUUGUGCUUUUGCCCCUGAUGAGUGUGGGCGCAGUGACUGGAACAAUCAUCCAUGCCUUAGAAAAAAAGGAGCUGGACACGCUGAAGAACCCAACCCGCAGCCUGGACGUGAUCCUGUUGAUGGGGGCAGCCCUUGGCCAAAUCGGCAUGUCCUACUUCUCUAUUGUUGCCAUUGUGGCCACUGACCCCAGGGACCUGUUGAACAGUCUCAUCCUGUCCCAUUCUGUCCUCCUCAUCUUUCAGAGCAUCACCCAAAAUGUCUUCAUCAUUGAUGGGCUUCACCGACAGCCCUUUGUAGAAGAAAUGAAAGAAGGGCAGAAUCAUGAAGCCUAUGAUCAGAGAGGAGUGAACAUGCUGGAGCUGGGACAGGAGAUGCGGAAAGUUUCUCUGUCCUAUAUCCAUAGUUACUCUCACCUGAGCUGGAAGAGAAGAGCAUUAAGGGAGAUCUCAUUCUUCUUGGUUUUGUGCAAUAUCAUACUCUGGGUCAUGCCCACAUUCGGGGCUCACCCUGUCUUCGAGAAUGGACUGGAAAAGUCAUUUUAUGGCUACUCUACCUGGUUUGCGAUUGUGAACUUUGGCCUCCCCCUGGGUGUGUUCUACCGAAUGCACUCCGUCGGGGGGCUCCUGGAGGUCUACAUCACAGCCUGAACCAAGCUGACUCCCCACCCCAGAGGCUGGGGCGAAACCAUGAUGCUGAACAAAGAUGCAGUAAGCAGCAGAUAUGCACGUGGAAGCUUUUAAGCUUUUUCCUUCCAGAUUCUGCUUUGACUUCUCCUUGCACAACACCUCCCCGAGUUUCAGAAGAAAAGGAGGUUGAUUUAUAUUAUCAUUUUUUCUCCAUAGAGAAUAGACUCAAAGCCCACAAACAAACUGUCUUACUGCUCUAAGGAAGGAUGCUGGUACUUUUCAGUAGUCUGCCAGUGGAUGCUCUAUGGUAGUAAGUGGGACUUUACCAGCUCCUAUUGAAAUCCCCCAGAUGAAAGAAUGCAAGAGCAGCCUUCAACAGAAGCAACAGAGACUAACCUACACUCCACAGAACUUCAAAAAUCCACAGACAAGGACCACCAGCCCCACCACCGCUCACCAACCCACCCUCCUGCAGCACAGAAGAGACAUCAGUACCAGCCACAGUAGAAGCACA